UUAACAGAGCAAAAAUAUUCUUCCGUUAUCAAACCUUUUCUCUUCUUUAAUGCGAUAGUAACAGAGAAAGAUAUAGUGGUGCAACUGAUAGUUGAUAGUUGUUCUUGCAAUCUUUGUAACAGAUAACAGAAACUUUGUUGUUACGCAAAGUUGAAUACCCUACCACUCUUCUUUUGCUCAUUCAUUAUGUUAUUUGUGGUUUGUCUUAAUUAUUUAGAAAAUUUUGUCGAUUGAUUAGUCAUUCAUUAUGUGAAUUCCAAGAUAUUGUAACAAUUUUUUAAAUACAAGAAAGUGUUAUAACUUAAAACGACAAAAUAAGCAAGGACUGAUUCAAAAUGGGUUGUUUUGAAAAAUGCCUCACCAGGAUACCUUAUGCCACCUUGAUUGCAACAAUAAUGUGUGCUUUGGGGGUGGUUAUAUUUUGUGGUACUAUGUACAGAGGUGCUACACUUACGGUAUUGAUGUAUACUGAAGUUUUUAACCUGCAACUUUUUUGGGUGGACACUGUUAAGAUGACUUUUGUUUUAAUUGGAGCCUGUAUGGGAGGACUCGGAUUAAUGAUUUUGACUGUAGGAUUUUUGGCAACUGGUGCAACAAGGCACAAAGUUUAUAGAGGAUGGGGUUGGAGAGUUAGUGGGAGAAUGACAUGCGCAAUAUUUAUGUGCAUCACAUAUGUUCUUCAAAUAGUUUGGAUAGCGAUGUUCUGUUUUUUGGUUAUUUCAACGUUCAUAUUCACUAUAUUUUGGAAAAUGUGUGAAAAUCCAAGAGUAGCCUCAUUUCAAGAUGACAUCGAUUUAACUCAAUUUUAUUUCAUGUUUCCUUCGGAUAUGCGACAAGAAUAUUUGAAAGUGUCGGGGGAAAGCGCUGUCAAAGCUUUCUGUAAAGAUUACGUAGAAAAAAUCGAGAUAAUGUUCAUACUUGCUACUGUAGCAUCUGUACUGGUAAUUUUAAGUCUGAUUCACUACCUUAUGUGCCUAUCUGCAAAUUACGCUCAUAUCAGAGACCAAGACAAAUUUUUACAAUUACAAGAUAUGCAGAUGCUCAGCGACCACGAAUUACUAUCGGGAAAGGAUAGAUUCUAGGAUACGGCCCGGGAAAUACAUAUGCCCGAGUUAAGAUGGCAAAGUGUAAUAGCCAAUAGCUAACCAGUUAGUAUUAUAUACAAAUAGACGACUGAACAUAUCGGGUAACUAAUAAAAGUACAAAAUUUGGAGUACAAGUUAAAUAAAUCGCUAGAGACAAAAUGAAAUAGAUGUUAUUUGAAAUGUUUUUUAUCUUUGAAUAAUUCUUCUUCGAGUGCCCUGUUCGUUGCGAACGUUGGCUAUUAAGUGAGCCAUGCGUGUCUUCUCCUGCCUGGUCCUCGCUUACUGUCUAUCUUCCCCUGGAUAAUCAACUACAAUAUAUGUGGCCUAGAUCAGGGGUCACCAAUUAGUUUCCCUGAUGGUCCGUUUCGAAAACCUAUGACACUUCCGGGGUCCGGAUUUAAUGCAACCUGUGUCUGGUUGUUCUGAUUCGGUUUCUUUGUUGAUUCUUGUUAAAAAAUGUCCCCUAUAAACAAAUCAGAAGGGUACCGGGCGAAAUUUUUGGGCACAAAUUGUUUAACAAUUUUUUUUAACAAAAUCAAAACAUCAUCUUUUUUGCCCCCGAAAAUCUUUUUAGCAUUUUUGGGUCAUCUUAAACAAAAAAGAUCUUUUCGAGGUUUAAGCGAUUUAAAAUUUGAAAAAUGCGAAAAUAAGCAUAUUCGAAGCUUGAAAACUCAUGUUUAAAUUAUGAUUUUUGCGGUUGUCAAGUGUCUAAAUUGAAGUUUAAACAUUCAGUUUCAAGAUUCUGAUGAGAAAUCGGGGCUUAUUUCAAUUAUUUAGACCAGCGAUACUCAACCUUUUUCUUUCCUGGGCCACAUAGUAGCUAUUGUCACAGCUUGCGGGCCGCAAUCAAGAUGAAGUAGUACACAGGGUGUUUCAUUGGGAAACGGAAAUACUUGAACGGUGAAUAGAGGUAAAUAAGGCAGUUCUAGACAUACUAAAUUUAUUGCUCCACCGACUGUAUAACAGAGUUAGAGGGUGUUUAUCGAUUUUGCAAUAUGCGGGUGUUUCUUUCUGGACCCAUAACUUUAGAACCACCGUGUAUAUUUUUUUGAUAUUUGGUACACAUAUGUCACAUUUAGAACCCAAACCACCCAACUACUAAUCACAAGAAAAAUUCAGGUACGGAUUAAACAAAAUUAUAAAUCCGUUGUGACCUUGAAACAACAUCCUGUAUAUUGAAAUUUUCAAAACCCGUUUGCACAUUUCAAAAGAGCUUUAAUGGAGCUUCCAUUUUUUUGCGCAGACAAUUAAAUGACUUUAAUUUUGAAAUUAUGUGGAAAUUUUUAAGAACUCGAACUUUCAAAUAAAAAAUUUCGAUAUAAUUUCAAAAUUAAUGUCAUUAAAUUAUCUGUGCAAAAAAUUGAAGCGAGCGAUUAAACUUAGUUUUUUUGUGAUCUUUUCAAAUGUACAGAGGAAUUUUGAAAAUUUUAAUAUAGGUACAGGGUGUUGUUUCAAGGUCACAAUUAUUUUUAGUAUUUAGUAAAUAAGUAUUCAUUAUUUUUAAAAUGAGUAUUUGUUCAUUAACUUUAGUAAUUUAUUAUUAAAAGUUAAUAAUACCUUGCUUUUUAAUCAGAGUUCUUUAAAAAUUUCAAUACAAUUUAAAACUAAAGUCAUUAAAUUGUCUGCCUCACGCCCAAACACGCCUCAAUCAUAUCGGCACACUAUCGAAUAAUUUGAAAAACACUUGAAAUUUGACAAAUAAUUUUAUCACAGGGCCCUUUAGUUAGCGUUUGGGCCGCAUAAAAACGCUAGAGGGCCGCAGGUUGAGUAUCACUGAUUUAGACCGUUAUUUUUAAUUGUUUAUUAUGCGCGUUCACUCGACCCUUAAGCCGCCGCGGCGGCGCGUCUCUAUAUGGCGCGUAUCGCACUAUAUGAUUGGCAUAUUUAAUUAACACAUUGGCAAUAAUUAAUUGAAUAAAUAAAUAGAUUAUUAAAAAAAGUAUGUUAAUAAUAAAUUAUAAAAUUUUAAUAAAUGUCAAAUAUUUGUUGAGUUUGGUGCAACUGAUUCUCAUUAGGGAGUUGAGAUAUUCAUCUGUUAACUGAUAUCUGUACCGAUUUUUAAUAAAGUUCAUUCUUGAUAAAGCGGCUUCGCACAUAUAAGUUGAGCCAAACAGGACACAAUUUCAUGGCCAAACAUUUUCAAAAUUGCCAAACACUAUAUUCUGAAUUUAAUGGCGGUCCGCACAAAACUAGCCCACGGUCCGGAUGCGCACCGUCCGCUAAUUGGUGACCCUGGCCUAGAUAUUCAAGUUUUCUUUGUUUAAUUGUGCUCACGAUUUCUUUCUCUUUUUCGAUUCUGUGGAUUGCCUCUAUGUUGCUAACAUGUUCGGUCCAGGAUAUACAAAGAAUUUGUUGGUACCCACAUUUCGAAUGCUUCUAGUUUUUUUAUGAGCUCUAUGUCAGCGUCCAGGUCUCCACACAUAUUCGCUGUGUGCAAGUACUUGGAGGGGAUACGAGAAACGAUCGUGCGCGAGUAGUGGAGAAAUCUUACAACUUUCUUAACAUAUUUCUUAAAUAUAAUUCAUAUUUUCAAUUGAAACUGUCAAAUUGACGUAUAUUUCAUACCUACUGUCAUUGAAGAAAAUGGGAGUUCGCAAAUGCUGUGUUAUAAAUUGUAAAAAUUAUAUGUUGCUCUCCACAAUAUUGAUAUGAUAUGCAAUUAUUAAAGUGAGUUUUAUUAAUUGUAUUUUGCUUGUAGUACUGCAUUUUAAUAAUUAAUUUUAUUUACUACAUACAAUGUUUACCUUUUAAUAACAUAACCUCAAUCUUACUUUUUCUUCUUAUUCUUUUUUUGUGCUUUGGCCUUGGCAACUAUCCAGUAACCAGGAUUAAUAUAAUUGGCCAAUAUAAUUAAAGUGCUAAAACGUUGCUGAUGCUACGACACUAGGUGUCGCUCUUCCGAACUUGCACGGUCCCAAUAGGAAUAGGAGUGGGGAUAAGAUGUACCCCUGCCGGACAACUCUUUUGAUCUCCACACAAUUUUUGCUCUUGCUGUUUGACCCCAGUAUAGGUUUGCCACAAUCCAAAUAUCCUUGUCGUCAAUACCUUUCAACCAAAUCUAUAAAAAAUAGAAGAAAGAAGUAUUGAUAUAAGUGUGUGAAAUAGGUCUAGUUGAAAUAACAUACUGCGUUAUUUCAGACUGAUGAUCAAUAUAUCACCUUAUCCAUAUUUCUACUAGAAAAUGUCAUUUUUAUUAAAGUUUUCUUGUGAGUCUUAACUCAACGAAAUUUCAAUAUGAACUAAAUACCUUUGACGAUGUGGCAUCGACGUUGUCUCAUUUGCAGACCCAUCACAUGUCCUCAUCACUGACCAGUGAGUGACGGAAUGAUAGAAUUUCCCGUUGAUCUUCGUUCGCUACCGCAUCGCCUUUGAUAAUGGCUUACAGUUGCACACGAAACGUCAGAACCAAUAAAUUCCAGAUCACGAUGUAUAAACCUAGAUAACAAUGCACAUUUACACAGCAAUCGGCGAACGCUAGUAUUGAAUUGUAUUUCUGAUGCACUAAAUGAGUAUUCUUUGUUAACAGAUUAAACAGAACAAAAAACUCUCACUAAACACUAAUUUGACAACUGACAACAGUUUGAAAUAUUCAGCCGUGUGAUGGAUGACCGAAGUUAAUCUUUAACGUUUGAGUUAAAGUUAAGAUUACUCUCAGGUAUAACGAUGCCCAUAACUAUUUAGGUAAAAUUCUGUGUGAUGUAUUCUUCACAGUUAUGAGAUAGUUAUUUUUUCAACGUUAUAUUAGAAAUAACAUUUGAGGAACCAAGUUUGACGUAACAAAGAGUUAUGUAGAAAUAGUACAAGUUGGAGUGAGCGCGAGAGAUUGUUCGGAACAUGCUACAGGAUGGGUAGAUGACCGUAAAACUAAAUAUCCAUCGUCGGCAGUGUUCCCAGAUGACUUUUUUGAGGAUCAGGAGGUGUCGCCACGAACGAUCAGGAGAUUUCAGGAGACUCGCUCGCCUCAAAAAUUGGUAGAAUUCUGUAGUUUCAGUCUUUACGUUUAUAGAUAGGCAACUAGAUGUCGCCACGAAAAAUCAGUAGAAUCAGUUGGUGGACGCCUCCAAUCAGCAAGGAGGGGGGUAUUUUUUACGUUUAUACUUAUACAUAGGUACAAUACACAGAAAAUAGCUGAUUAAGUUCCAUCUGUUGACUUUUGGGGGAAAUGCAACUUUAUAAAAUAUGUAAGGGACUGCUGUGGCAACGCUAGAUGGCGGCUAAAGCAUAAAAAUAAAAAAAAUAAAAUAGGAUAAAAUUCUGAAAAAUUCAAACUCCAUACAAAACCGUUCAUGAAUCGUUACGCGCAUGCGCAAUGACGAAUAAUGCUGCGCAGUAACACAUUUUUCGUUACUGCGCAUCCUCGUAAUCGUUCAAGAACGGUUUUGUAUCGAGUUGGAACAAAACCAGAUGAUUUUCAGAAUUUCAUCACUUCAUCAGGAGGUUUAAGGACGCCAUCAGUAGAUCAGUAGGCGAGGGUCGCCAUCAGUAGGUCUCCUGAAAUUUCAGGAGGUCUGAGAACACUGAUCGUCGGCCACCGUUGAUGACCGAACAGUGCCGAACAGCAAACAGCUGUUCGGGUUCGGUGGUGUUUCAAACGGUAGAUAGAAACAGGGUUGCCAGAUUGGUGUAUUUUCCCACAAUUUUGGGGUAAUUUGAAAGCGGCUAGGGAAAUUUUUCUAAGCAGAAAUUGUAGUGGAAUUUUUUGGGGGCGGAAAAUUAUGGAGGAUUUUAAGGGGUCAUGGUAAAUUAAAUUUGCGAAUGUACAUAGAACUGUAUAUUAUACUCCCAUAUAAUUGAAGACGAUAGGAACUAUUAAUUAUUUCCAGGGUCCUCGUUGAUAAGUAGUAUAAUUUUGGUUUACUGUUCUCUUCAUUUGACUACUAAUUUAUUAAAAUGCGGCAAAAAUUUAAAUUUGGGGUAUUUGAGCUUCAAUUUGAGGGAAUUUCAGUUUCUAAGUGGGGAUUUAUAAAAUAUCAUCUGGCAACUCUGGAUAGAAAGCUCAGUAGACACUUAAAAUAAAAUUUCAACUUAUAUCUCUCGAUUUGAUUUUUGUAUAAUUUUUAAAAUUGUAUUACCCUUCUAUUCUUAAUUAUUAAAUUAUUAGCUUCCAAAUUCACUUGAUUUCUGUCUAAAAACAAGUCAAAAGAUGAACCUAACCUUACAUAUCCUUACAUAACUACAAAGUUAUCUCAUAACUUGAGGUUUAAAGUCGCGUUAUAAAGUGACAGUUGAUAUAUCAGAUAACUCAAGAACUGCCAAGAAAUAACGCAAGUAGUUAAGUUAAAUAUGAUACAUCACACCAAUUCGAGGAUUAUAACUUAACUACAGGAUAACUUUACGUUAAAGAUAACUUCGGUCAUCCAUCACACGGCUGAUUAUCAUUGACAAUAUGUACUACUAUUGUGUUCAUUAUUUUUUGCCUUUCUUACGAAGUUUCAAAUAAAAUAGGAAAAAUUAAACGAUUUAGAAGUUUACAACGGAAGUUGAUCCUGAUUCCUCAAAUAACUGUUGGUAUUUUUAAGUGUAGGGCCGGCGUAGCGCAGGCGGUAGUAUGCUUGCCUCGCAUGCUGGUAGGCCGGGGUUCAAAUCCCACCGCCGGCAAGAACUACACAUUUUUAAAAUGUCUAUAGGCCCCAGGUCGACUCAGCCUGAAUAAAAUGAGUACCUUGGGUAAAACCAGGGGCAAUAAUAGGCGGUUGAAGCGUACCACUGGCCCUGUUACCUUCCUUGUAUACCGUAGGCCAUAAAUAUAGCAGACUACGCUGCUAUAAUCCCAAAGCCGCGUCAGUGGUAUAAAACGGGAGACUAUUAUUUAUUAUUAUUUUUAAGUGUACCAAAUCUUUGAGUUUUAAAAUUAUUAUAAAAGGUUAGGGAUCUUUCAAAACUUCAUGAACCUUGCAAAAUACGCAUGGAGGAAAAAAAUCCUAAAAACAUUAACUAUUUUUAUUUCAUACUGAAUUCAAUAUAAAUUAUUAAAUAUUCCAACUAUUUUACUAAUGGAAAAUCUGUCUUGCUAUGAGAACGCACUACAGAUAAAUAUGCUUUCAGUAAUAUCGGAUUUCAUAGUUUCGUUCGUAGAUUGAUGUCACCAAAUGUGUGAGUCAAGUUCAUAAAAUUUGGUAAGGCUAGGGCCAAAAUACAUCUAUUUCCUUUUACAGUCUCUGGUGUUUAGUGUUGGCAGUUGUUUACUAAAUCAAACAAAUUAUAAAAGUUCAGUUGUUUGUUCUGACAAUCGUCUUCCGAUAUAAAUAUUUGCACAAUUUUUGUAUGCUUUAUAUUAUAUUUUGUCAUAACUCGCUCGGGUGUUUGUAUUUUCUGGGUAAUUUGUAUUUCCACCUUUCAGCAGUGGCGGAUAGACAGAAGGGGAAAUUGGGAAAUUUCCCCACCCAAGGUUCAAACUUAAAGAAAAAAAUUGUUGAAACAAAAAUAUAUUAGCUGACAUUUAACUCAAACUACAGACAGACAAAUUCAACCCAAUUAACUGACUACUUAAGAAAAUUAAAUGAACGUAAUACAUAUCAGUUAUUAUUUAUGUCUUAUGUAGUUUGGGUUUAUCUUUUUUAUUUGGUUGGUGAAUCAUUGGAAGUUCCCCGCCCCUUUCCAAAGCAAAUGGCUAGGUCCGCCACUGCCUUUCAGUUAUAUGUACCUUAAAAGCGGAUUUUUUUAUCCGAUAUAUAUGUAAUAAAAAAGUAUUCUUCUCAAAAAAUUCAAAUGAUGUAUUUUAAGUCCAGUCAGAUUUUUGUUUAAAGAUUACUAAUUAAUUUAGAAACGUGAUCUCAACAAAUACUCGACUUUAAGAUGUACAGAUUGGUUUUUUAUUAUUAUUAUAGUAGUUUAACCCUUUCAGCUCCGGUGACGCGUACGCGCGUCCAAAUAUGACUAUAGAUCAGUGCCGUGGACGCGUAAGCGCGUCAAACGAAAUCAUUUCUGCCGGCACAGGCGCUAAGACUGGAAAUACUACAGCGGAGCUGAAAGGGUUGAUGAUAACUUCUACAAGAAAAUAAACUUGCCUUUAAAUAUAUCAUUUGAAAUAAAAAAAUCCGUAACCUAAAAAUAUGUGUCCGUCCUAUGGUUGUGUAAUCAUAUUCUUACUACAACUGAUUUUUUACUUAUGUACAUUAUUUCUGUUUUUCUCUUAAAUCCAGGUAUUAGUUAGAUUUAAAACAUUAUGUACUCAAAGCCUUUUAUAUGGAAGUAAAAGAGAAUAAUGUUACUUUGCUAAUAUCCAUGUCCAAUAUAUAGGGUGUCCCAAAAGUAGCGGAACGGUCGAAUAUUUCUCGAAAUAAACAUAGUAUCGAAAAACUGAAAAAUACUUGUUCAAUAAUUUUCAAAAAUCUAUCGAAUGACAAAAAACACGACCCCCACUCUACCCCCUAGAGGUGGGGUGGGGGGUAACUUUGAAAUCUUAAAUGGUAACCUCCAGUUUUUAUUUCAGAUUUGGAUUCCUUACGUAAAAGUAAGUAAGUUUUAUUCGAGAUAUUUUUUUGAUCUAUGGAUAGAUGGCGCUAUAAUCGAAAAAAAAACCAUUUAUCCUGAUGUCGUAGGUAAAUAAUAGAAACGCUGAAACGGUAUAAUAUCUCGAGAUAUACACUUCCAAAUGAAAAACAAAAAAAUACGUAUUUAAUAUUUUUCAAAAACCUAUCGAAUGGCACCAAACACGGCCUCCCACUCCACAACCUGGAGGUGGGGUGGGGGUAACUCUAAAAUCUUAAAUAGCAACCCCAAUUUUUUAUUGCAGAUUUGGAUUCUUCAUGAAAAAUUAAGCAACAUGUAUUCGAAACAAUUUUUAGAAUUGUUGAUAGAUGGCGGUAAUAAAUCGUCUUUUUCCAAUUAUAGCGCCAUCUAUCAACAAUUCUAAAAAAUGUUUCAAAUAAAUGUUGCUUAGUUUUUCAUUAUUAAUCCAAAUCUGCAAUCAAAAAUAUAGGUCUCUCCAAAUCUGGGGGAGGGGUGGAGGCUCAUGUUUGGUGUUAUUCGAUAGGUUUUUGAAAAAUAUUAAAUACGUGUUUUUUUCGUUUUUCAUUUGAAAAUGUAUUUCCCGAGAUAUUAGAGCGUUUCUACAGCUGUUUGUUAUAUAAUUGUUUUUACGAUUAUAGCGCGAUCUAUCCACAAUUCGAAAAAAUGUCUCAAAUAAGACUUGCUUACUUUUACAUAAGCAAUCCAAAUCUGCAAUAAAAACUGGGGGUUUCUAUUUAGAUUUUUAAUUUACCCCCCACCCCACCUCCAGGGGGUGGAGUGGGAGAUCGCGUUUGAUGUCAUUAGAUAGAUUUUUAAAAACUAUUGAAAACGUGUUUUUCAGUUUUUCGAUCCGAUGUUUAGUUCGCGAAAUAUUCGACCGUUCCGCUACUUUUGGGACACGCUGUAAAAGAAACUACUAAAUUGUACUCAUGAGAAAUGUUACAAUUUAAUACAGGUUUUGAUCAAUACAUUAAGUCUUGUAGAACAAAUAUUUAUGGGGUCUUAAGCCAUUCAUGUAUUAUUAUAAGUUAGAAAAGAAAAUUACUACAUAAUAGAAAAGUAUAUAAUUCUUGAGACUCAUUUUAGGUCAAUUUGGCAUAUAAAUCACCUUAUCUAAAACUCAACAGCCUUUUAACAUAUUCACUGCGGUGUCUUUUUUAAAUAUGCUCUCUGGUUGUCGUUAAUUCGUGUUCUAUAGGGUCGGCAGUGAACGUGUUAAAGGUGGUACCUUAAAAUUAGUUUAUUGCAAAUAUCUUUCGCAGAUAAAGCGUUGACUGGCAAUGUUCUGAACCGUAACAGCUGAAUUAAUUAAAAUAUGGAAAGACUGAACAAUAAAAAGGAACCCUAAGUUCAGUUUGGUCAAUGGCCUUAUUUUUCCCAUUAAUAGUGCUAGAACUAGAAUAGUGCAGCUAGUUUAUAUUCACUUUUAAAACAAAUUCUAUUUUCAAUUUGGUUCAAUUCUAUUUUCUGUCUCGACAUACCCUUGUCUUGGGUAUGCCGAGAUAGUCCAAGAGGCAGCGCUGAAAAAUCUCUUUGAAUUUACUAAAGCUAGAUUUUUCAGUUGAUUACUGUGAUUGUGUAGAGAAACAUACUGCGGUCGGUCAAGCGAAACGUAGAACAGGGGUUACUGAGAGGGUAUCAAAGUUGCUUUCCUACGAAGGUAAUUAAAUCCAUUUACUAAGGCUGAAAAUCAGUACACACAUUCUAAAUUAAAUAUAAAUAAAAGUUAUUAUAGUCGGUCAGCUGUAUGACGGGACAGAGCCGGUCGGUCGGCCCCAGUGAAUGUACAGGGUUAUUCACUAUAUUUUGACCCCCUUGUAAACUGCUUUAUUUACAGAAUUUGAAAAAAAUGUAAAAUACAAAAGUUAUCCGAUUUUUAAAUUAUGACUUUUUGACAUAUAUAUCGUACUAGUGAAAUCAUCCAUUUGGGCGUGAUGACGUAAUCGACUAUUUUUUUUAAAUGGGAAUAGGGGUCGAGUGCUAGCUCAUUUGAAAUAUUAUUCAAUUCCCUAUACAGUAAUAUAAACAUUAACAUAAUUAAUUAUAUUGUCCAAAAAAUUGUUUUAAUUAAAUUAAUUGUUUAAUUAAUAAUUCAAAAAAAUUUUUUGGCCAUCCUGUAUAAAUAAUGAUCUUAAUGUUUAUAGUACUGUAUAGAGAAUUGAAUAACCUUUCAAAUGAGCUAGCACAAGACCCCUAUUCUGAUUUAAAAAAAUAGUCGAUUAUCGAUAGUCGAUCAAAGAAUCAUAAUUAAAAAAUUGAAUAACUUUUGUAUUUUACAUUUUUUUCUAAUUCUGUAAAUAAAGCAGUUUACAAGGGGGGUCAAAAUAUAGUGAAUAACCCUGUACAUUCAUUGGGGCCGACCGACCGGCUCUGUCCCGUUAUAGAGCUGACCGACUAUAAUAACUUUUAUUUAUAUUCAAUUUAGAAUGUGUGUACUGAUUUUCAGCCUUCGUAAAUGGAUUUAAUUACCUUCGUAGGAAAGCCACUUUGAUACCCUCUCAGUAACCCCUGUUCUACGUUUCGCUUGACCGACCGCAGUAUGUUUCUCUACACAAUCACAGUAAUCAACUGUGAAAAAUUUAGCUUUAGUAAAUUCAAAGAAAUUUUUCAGCGCUGCCUCUCCGUCUAUUAUUUUCCCCAUUAAUAGUGCUAGAACUAGAAUAGUGCAGCUAGUUUAUAUUCACUUUUAAAACAAAUUCUAUUUUCAAUUUGGUUAAAGUCUAUUUUCUGUCUCGACAUACCCUUGUCUUGGGUAUGCCGAGAAUUAUUGCAAGCAAUUCUAGAUCUAUCUGACAGUUGCCAGGAUUGUAGUCAGCCAAAUCUGAAGAUGUGAUGGACUUACGGUGGUUUUUUAUAGUAAUUUGAAUUAGAGCACAAAGUCAAUAUUAAAGGAAUGUUAGUUGACAUUUACUUAAAAAGUUAUUCGUAAAUAAAAAUAACAACAUGUAACUUUCAAUCAACGAAAUAAUAAUUUGUAAGCUACAAUUGACUUUGGGAGUGAAUAUGUAACUUACAAUAAACAUUUUCGCUGAUUCUAGCCAGCUAAAUUAUUCUUCGAGGUGGGUGCAACCUUUAAUAUACAGGUAUAAAUUAAAACAAAUUAUAUAAUUCAAAAAAUAUGUAUAAGAAACAAUGUAGAAAAAUUGUUGCACAUAUCGCCGCCGCCUACGAAAAGUAUAACUCCGAAAAAUGCCGUUAAGAGUAGAACUUUCAAUGAACGCCGCGAAAAAUAUUAUUUUUGAUUAUAUGAUUGUGAAAAUUAUAAUCCCUAAUAAACUGUUAGCGAAAAAAAUUAUUUUUUGAGGAGUAUCGGCAAAAACAUCAUUUCUGUUGGUGGGUCCACGAAAAUUAUAAUUAGUGAAAAGUUCUCAGAAAUAAUUGUUUUCGUCGGCAGAAACGGAAACAGAAAGGGAAAUAAUUGUUUUCGUCGGCAUCUAUUAUGAACUAAAUCUUUUCAUUAUAAAUAUUUUGGAAGUUAUAAUCUUCGCGGACACGCAUAUAAAAAAAAUUGUAAUCGCCAAUAUUUAUCAAAGAUUUAUUAUUUUCACUGGAAAUGUAUUAGGAAUCACAUUAAUCAUAGGUACCAGCGAUAUAGUUGGAGAUUCUUCUUUGGACUGUCAGAAACAUUGAAAGAAGGAGAAGUAAUACCAGAAGAUAGAAUAUGUUGUUUUUAAAAUCUGGUUAAUUAAAAGAGUGAAAUAAUUGGGAUAUGUGUUUAGGGUGGCAAAGAAAAGAAAUAGUUUAAGAAUAUUACAGGCGGGAAAAACGAAGAGGCACGCAAGAAAUAAAUACAUCAUUGUUCGUUAUUUUCUUUUAAGUUAUUUGCUCCAAUUUUGACAUUAAUAUUUAUAUGUACAAAAUCCCUGUUUAUUAUUAUAAAUUCAUUAUUGUUCAUUCAAUUCGUUCAGAGUUUCUUUGGCAUUUUAUGAAAUAAAAGAAUACCAACAAUUCUCAGCUGUCAUUUGCAUUGGUUGUGUUUUUGUGCCACCUUUAAAGAGCUGUAGCUUCGUUGGGACGAAUUUUUGGAGAAGCUAAUUUACAUUGCAUUAUUUGGCGCCACCUUUAAAGGGCUGUAGCUUCCUUGGGAGGAAUUUUUGGACAAGCUGAUUUACAUGUAAAAGACCUAAAAUUAAUCCAUCAAUUUGUAGUUUUCUAUUCUAUGGUAAGUUUCUAGACAACCUGGUAAAUAAAUAGUUUCAGAAUCUUAAAUCAACAGUUAUUCCGUUGGCUCUUCACACAAACAUAUUCAUAUAAUAAUUAGGAAAUAUCAAUUUAUACGUUAUACAAUAUUACAUACAUAUUAUUAUUAGCUUAUAAAUAUACAUUUACUUGAAUAUUUUAAACACUAAGGCAAUAGUUAAUUGUUAAAACAACUCUUUGAGAAAAAAAAAACAAAUUCUUUGUAUAUAUUGUGCUAAAAUAAGCUGUUAAUUCCAUGGUUUUAAGUUUUGUGGCCAAUAAAGAGACAAUAUAAAACAUACUUGGCCAAUAAUUUCCAAAGUUCCAACGGAUAGACUAUAUCCAGAUCAAUAACAAUAUCGUGCUGAUUUAUUUUUAGUUCUUAAGCAAAUCAAACAAUCGUUUCAAGCAUUUUGUUAUUUAUACCUCUAAACGAUACAUAUUUUAGGAACGAAAAAUGUUUUGUUUAAGCACAAAUAAUUAAAAAUUUAAUGGAAUCUAUCUGGCAAAUAAGUUUGUAUUUCUCGUUUCAUAACGUGACAACCCUGUAGCUAUAUAAAAUUUAUAUUUAGCUAAAGUUAUCGAAUUUUGAUUGAUAAGAGAGACAUCUACCGUUUAUAUUUCUCGUUUGAUGAUACAACGUGGCAACCCUGUAGCUAUAGAAAUUUUGUAUUUAGCUACAUAGGCGGAACCAGGGGGUUUUGGGGGUUAUAACCCCCCCCAUUGGGAUGUACUUUGAGCUCUAUACGCUUAACACCAUACCCCUCAGAGACCUUCCAGUAGUUGUAACCCCCCCCUUUCCAGUAGUUGUAACCCCCCCUUAGGAUCAUCCUGGUUACGCCUAUGUUUAGCUAAAGUUAUCGAAUUUUCAUUGAGAGGAGAGACAUCUACUGUUUAUAAAGUUCAAUAUUGAAAUGAUACAUUUUAUAUAGUACGAUACGACUAUAUAGUACACCUGGGACAUUAUCUACAGCUAUUUUGCAAAGAUAUACCCGGACUGAUUCGAUCUUAUGCAAAAUUAAAAAUACCAUUGCCAGAUGGAAACGAUUAAGUAUUACUUAAUACAAAUCUUGUCGCUUGUAAAACACAAAAUAUGCAUAUCAACAUAUUUAUAUACUUUACAAGAUUGCACUAUGUUAAAAUUAGAAUUAAUGUAGUAUAAAUGAAUUUAUUGAUAAUAUUUUGAUAGCUUUAGGCAGUUUUCUACCAUUUUUGUUUUUGUUUUCUCUAGAAAUUUUGUAAGAAUUUAUAAAAAUAUAUGUAAACAUAUAGGU